CUCUCUUGCUCUCUGCCCGGCGGCUGUUCCUGCAAAAUUUUCAAGAACCUUUUCGUCUCCUUCUCAGAAACCCUAAUUCUACUCCGUACGGAUUCCGCUACUGAAACUUCGACUCUGUAUUUUCCAUUUUUUUUGGAGUGAAGGCAAAUUUUCGGCUUCAGGUUUUGCAUUAAUGGAGGGCUCUUUAGGGCAAAAGCAUGAGCAUCAUGAAUUCACUUUGGUUUCGAUUUCUAAGCUUCCUUCUUCGACUUCGACGUCUUCUUCGUCCACUUCGUCGACGCCGGUGGUUGCUCGAUUCGGAGGCGAGUCCGGCGCGGCGGAGCUUCGGUUCCGGCAGGAGGCCGAUUCCGAUGACUUAGCGUUCGAUCUUCGGACUUCUCAGAUAUUUCGGUUAGGCUCUGUUCAGUCAGUGUGCAUAUCCAAAGACGAUGUCACUAAAGAGAAAUCACAUUCCAGAGGAGUUACCAUUCAAUUUAGGAACGAGGAAGAGAGCAGUGCAUUUCAUUCUGCUUUUGAUAAGAGGAAGGAGGAUGAUAUUGUCCAAGGCACCCAUUUACCAAAUGGCACCAUUUCUUCCUUGAAAAGCAAGUUUGAUGAUAAAAUAGAAUCAUCUUCCGCUAAGAUGUACUUCCACUACUAUGGGCAACUUUUACAUCAACAAAAUAUGUUGCAGGAUUAUGUGAGGACAGGAACAUAUUACGCAGCUGUGAUGGAAAAUCGUGCUGACUUCACAGGUCGUGUGGUUGUUGAUGUCGGUGCUGGUAGUGGUAUUUUGUCUUUAUUUGCUGCUCAGGCUGGUGCAAAACAUGUUUAUGCUGUGGAAGCAUCUGAAAUGGCUGAGUAUGCUCGUGUAUUAAUUGCUGGGAACCCUGCCUUGAGUCAACGAAUCACUGUGAUUAAAGGCAAAGUUGAGGAUGUUGAAUUGCCCGAGAAAGCAGACAUUUUAAUCUCAGAGCCAAUGGGCACUCUAUUGGUCAAUGAAAGAAUGCUGGAAUCUUAUGUGAUCGCCCGGGAUCGUUUUUUGCACCAAAAUGGAAAGAUGUUCCCAACUAUAGGGAGGAUUCACAUGGCACCUUUCAGCGAUGAAUAUCUAUUUGUUGAAGUAGCUAAUAAGGCUCUCUUUUGGCAGCAACAAAACUAUUAUGGUGUUGAUUUGACAGCCUUGUACGGGUCAGCAUUUCAAGGCUAUUUUUCUCAGCCGGUGGUGGAUGCUUUUGAUUCAAGAUUAUUGGUGGCCCCUUCAAUAUCUCAUGUUUUGGACUUUACAAAUAUUAAGGAAGAGGAACUAUAUGACAUUGAUAUUCCUUUAAAAUUCGUUGCUACUGUGGGUGCCAGAGUGCAUGGACUGGCCUGCUGGUUUGAUGUAUUAUUUAAUGGCAGUACUGUGCAGAGGUGGCUUACCACUGCCCCUGGUGCUCCGACGACCCAUUGGUACCAAUUACGUUGCAUCCUCUCUCAACCGCUUUAUGUCAUGGCGGGACAGGAAAUUACUGGCAGACUUCACAUGGUCGCUCACAGUGCUCAGAGUUACACGAUUCAUUUGACUCUAUCAGCCAAAAUGUGGGGUCCUGGUGCCGAGCAAGGAGGAAUACUUCAGUCGUCCUCGUGCAAACUUGACUUGAAAGAGCCCUACUAUAGAAUGUCGCAACCACAAGCCAACCCUGUGGUCCAAGAUCAGCAACAACAUCAGCUAAUUCCGACACAGGACUUACCGAAUCAACCCAAGGAUUUAGAAGACGCUGAUCUGAUGCUACAUGCAUCACCAAAUUCGGGGGCUCUGCUGAAUUCAUUGAUAUAACAUUUACAAGCGUUCGGGACAUCUUCUGCAGCUUUAACACUCAGGGUCGGUCGAUAUUGUGACGUUAGUUUCCUCUGCAUUUGAUGACAAUAACUCGGCAGAAGUCCUCGUUGUGCACACGUCUAACUUCCCUCAGGUAGUGAGGCUACCAUUGAUUAUGCUUCCACAGUGAGAUUAUUCUGUACAAUUGAAUUAUGAUUAAUACGUGUUAUACAAUAAUCAUUUUCUUGUAUGCUGCAAAAAUUUACUUCGA